GUACACCGGAGCUCGGAUUGUGAGUGAAAUGUGUUCUCUUCGAUUGGCAGUAGCUGCGAUGGUGCUUGCGUUGGCCGUUGGGUGGAUACAGGCGGAGAACAUUAUCGACAUAGCGGACUUCUUCCAGGAUUGUGACAAUGGGCAACCGGCUCCGGCCAUCAACAUGGACGAGCUGCAAACGCUCCAAGACGACGAUGGUAACUCGGUGAUGAACGGAAAUAUGGUUUUUGAUGGCGAAUACAACGAUCCGAUUGAGCUGAAGAUGUAUUCCACACGGCUGAAGCAGGGCUCGUGGGUUGAUGGGGAAAUUUCCCGGGAUGUGCCCAAUGCUUGUCCGCUGAUUAUGAGCAGCGGAGAACCGUGGUAUGUACUCACAGCGGCCAUGAAACAGCAAGACUGCCCGUACGCAGCAGGACACACCGAAAAGUUUGAGAUGCUCAUCAUGGGAGAUAUGGGCUUCGAGAACAUACCGGACACAUUCGUUGGCGACUGGAGGCUCUACGUGGAAAUCAAGACGCAGAGGGGAGCCGAGAAGGUGACCGAAUGCUUCCGGGUUGCGUUCAGCAUUGUGGAGAAAUAG